AUGAACUCUUUCGGCUUGGCGGGGCGUAUCUCUCCAUGGCUCGGCAAUCUCUCCUUCAUCAGGGAGAUCGAUCUCGGCAACAACCAUCUUGAGGGGCAGAUCCCUGAAGAGCUUGGCCAACUAAGGCGGCUCCAGGUUCUGAACCUCACCUGGAACCUUUUGGAGGGAAGCAUCCCGGAAGCUCUGGGAAGGUGCACUCGACUCUCGUAUCUUAACCUUGGGAUGAACCACCUUCAAGGACAGAUCCUACAAUCCCUAGCCAACCUAUCAUCGAUAAAAUUGUUGGACCUUGGAAAUAACACAUUUUCAGGAGCUUUCCCUUCGUAUCUUGACAAGCUACCUCAUAUCUCCCUAGUUUCCUUUGAGUUCAACAACCUUUCCGGAGUCAUCCCUCCUUCAUUUUGGAACAUUUCCACACUGAUAGGCUUUUCUAUGGCCGGAAAUAUGCUUGUUGGGACAAUACCUCCAAAUGCAUUCAACAAUCUUCCACUUCUCCGAGUAUCCUAUAUGAAUGUGAACCAGUUUCAUGGCCAUAUACAAGCUUCAUUAGGUAAUACUUCUGAUCUAUGGAAAAUCCAGCUCAAUGAGAACUUCUUUAGCGGAACUGUUCCCCCAGAGGUUGGGAAAUUAAAACGUCUCCAGCACCUAGUGCUAUCUGGAAAUUCCCUAGAUGCUAAUGAGCCCAUAGAUUGGAAAUUUAUUACCUCAUUAACUAAUUGCUCCCAGUUACAGUUUUUACUGCUAGAUAGUCUUUACCGUGAAUACAACACAAUAUCUGGGAGUAUACCUAAGGGAAUAGGAUCAAUUCCAGCUGAAAUAUUCGACAUACAUACGCUCUCUCCUAUUUUGGAUUUAUCCUACAAUAAAUUGGAGGGAUCAAUGCCAGAAAAAAUUGGAAAUCUAAACACUCUUGUAGAGUUGCAUCUAGAAUCUAAUAUGCUGUCAGGUGAAAUUCCAGCCGCCCUAGGAGAUUGCCAAGUUCUCCAAAAUCUCUACUUAGAAAAUAAUUUCUUUGGAGGUAGUAUUCCGUUUACGUUGAGUAAAAUAAAAGGUUUGGAAAUUCUUGAUCUCUCAAGCAACAAUUUUUCAGGUCAUAUACCUGAGUUCUUAGGGAAUCUAAGCUCACUCUAUUACCUUAACCUUUCCUUCAAUAACUUUGCUGGUGAACUACCUACUUUUGGUAUUUUUGCAAAUGGUACUGCACUUUCAAUCCAAGGCAAUGAAGCACUCUGUGGUGGCAUCCCUUAUCUUCAUUUGCCUACAUGUUCAUCUGAGUGGAGAAAGAAAAGACGCAGACUCCCUGUGAUUCCUAUUGUUAUUCCUCUUGUUGCAACAUUAGGGAUGCUUUUGCUGCUCUAUUUUUUCCUUACUUGGCACAAGAAGAAAUCAGUUGAAAACCUUUCCACUGGGUCCAUCCAAUGCCAUCGACUAAUCUCCUAUUCACAGUUGGUAAAAGCAACAGAUGGUCUCUCGACAACCAACUUGCUAGGUACAGGAACAUUUGGGUCUGUAUUCAAAGGAACACUAGAAGGAAGAAGUGGUGAGCCUGCAACUAUUAUUGCUGUAAAAGUACUAAAACUUCAAACACCUGGAGCACUCAAAAGUUUUGAAGCUGAAUGUGAAGCUAUGAGGAACUUGCAACACCGGAACCUUGUGAAGAUAAUCACAUCCUGCUCAAGCAUCGACUCCAAAGGGGAUGAUUUCAAAGCCAUUGUAUUUGACUUCAUGCCAAAUGGUAGCCUAGAAGAUUGGCUACAUCCAGGUCCAAGCAACCAGCUAGAGCAGAGGCGCUUAAACCUCCAUCAAACAGUGAGCAUAAUUCUUGAUGCGGCUUGUGCAUUGGAUUAUCUUCACUGGCAUGGCGUUGCGCCAAUUGUGCAUUGUGAUCUUAAGCCAAGUAAUGUACUUUUGGACACUGAUAUGGUAGCACAUGUUGGAGACUUUGGACUUGCCAGGAUUCUUGCCGACGGAUCCUCUUCUUUCCAACCUUCGACAAGCACCAUGGGAUUCAGAGGGACAAUUGGAUACGCCCCACCAGAAUAUGGUGUUGGGAAUAUGGUUUCAAUCCAUGGAGACAUCUAUAGCUAUGGAGUUCUUAUCCUUGAGAUGGUAACUGGGAGAAGACCCACGGAUAAUGAAGUUGAACAUGGACUGAGCCUUCGAAAUUAUGUUGAGAUGGCCAUUGACAACCGAGUUAUGGACAUUAUCAACAUGGAGUUGGUGACAGAGAUUGAAAAUGAGAAUGCGAGAGUAGAUGGUGCACCGACCAGAAAAAGGCUGGUCCUUGUUUCAUUACUUAAACUUGGGAUAUUAUGCACUGAGGAAACGCCAUCGACUAGGAUGUCAACCAAAGAUAUCAUCAAGGAGUUGCACGAAAUAAAAAAGGCUCUUGGAUAA